AAAUUUCUCCCGGAAGUGGAGUGUCACGGGACAGGCUCCCUCGGGGCUUCCUGAGAGAGCGGGAGGGGUCAGCAGUCAUGUGACCGCGGGUUGGAGAGGAAGCGGCGGCGGCAGUCGGAGCUACCUGCGGCCCGGGACUGCUGCGGCCUCGGCAGCCUGAGCUCGGUGUGGGGACCGUCCCAGCGGGAGGAAGGGGUUCAUCAUGGCGGAUGAUUUGAAGAGAUUCCUCUACAAAAAGUUACCAAGUGUUGAAGGUCUUCAUGCCAUUGUAGUCUCAGACAGGGAUGGAGUACCUGUUAUCAAAGUGGCAAAUGAUAAUGCUCCAGAGCAUGCUUUGAGACCUGGUUUCCUGUCUACAUUUGCCCUUGCAACAGACCAGGGCAGCAAACUUGGACUUUCAAAAAAUAAAAGUAUCAUUUGCUACUACAACACAUACCAAGUAGUCCAAUUCAAUCGGUUACCAUUGGUGGUGAGUUUCAUAGCAAGCAGCAGUGCUAAUACUGGACUGAUUGUCAGCCUAGAAAAGGAACUUGCUCCAUUAUUUGAAGAGUUGAGACAGGUCGUGGAAGGUUCUUAAUCUGACUGUGGCUGACCCUGGCCAUGUUGUGAUCCCAGUGAGUUCAGUCCAGCAACCUUGAACUUCAUCAAGUAAUGUGACUCUACACAUUCAGAAAAGACAACUUGCCCCAAGUUAGACUGAAGAAGAAGAUCGUAUUUAUUAUUUCUAAAUUGAUGGACUGUUGUGUUGAGUUUUAGGCUCAAUUCUUCCAUAGUAUGAUUUCUGGGGAGACCACUAAAAUGGUUCAGUAUCUAUCACAGCUCCCAUGGAGUUUAGCUUAGCUACCAUUAAGGGAUGAGAUUCUUAUCCAGUGGAUCAGAAUCAAAAUGUUCCCGUGAUCCACAUGAGCCACCUAAAGCUCCCAUUGUGUAUAAUACAUACAGGCCUGCAGUAGGUAGGCCCUGCUCUGUAUAUGCUAUUGCUUUAUUGUGAAUAAUAGAGAACUUAUUUUUAUGUGUGCCAUGUUGUAUGUCUGCACUGAGAGGAAAAUAGCCUCUAACAGCAGUAAUAAACCAGUACAAUCACUAACUAUCCCUGUUUAUAUUAUUGUGAGGUAGAAAUUUAAGAAAGCAUUACUAAUUGGUAUUUCUCUUUAAAGUGUAUAUCUAAAAAGAAAUCUGUUGUUUUGGAUUUGCUUUUACAUUCAGUUAUCAAUAACCAAUCAGUAUUUUGAUGUUUUUCUCUUUGUGCAAUUUAAGUGUGAAAUCAAUAUCAAAGCUUUGGUUUGUGACAUUUAUAUGAAUACCAUAAUACAACAGUUCAUUUUACUUUUCCUAAAUAUAAGGGUCUAAAUAAAGUAGUAUUUUGUAAAA